AUAGAACUGAAAUUGCACCAUGCAUUUUGAAGACUUCCCCAACAGAUCAGCAGCUGAACAAGCUCGCGAGGAGGCUGGGACCAGAGUGGGAGCAUGUAGUUCUGUGCUUGGGUUUGUCCCAUACUGACAUCUAUCGAUGUAAAGUCAAUCACCCUCACAACCUGCAGUCACAGAUUGUAGCUGCUUUUGUCCUGUGGAGACAGCGCUUGGGGAACAAAGCAACGAUCCAAAGUCUGCAAACCAGUCUGAUGGCAGAAGAAGUGGAUCCUUCUGUGAUGCAGUACAUGCUUGAUUGAGGCCAUGCUGUUGAUUGAGAGCUUCCACAUACUUUGUUAAAUUAAAUAGAGGAUGGAAAUGUAUGUUGAAGAUCAGAUGCCUCAAACUGGGGGAAAAAAAGGUGCUUGGAAACUGUAAUUUUAUUAAGCUCAAACAUUCCAGUUUUCUGUGGUAUCUUGUGACUUGUAAUUCUUUGCAUGCCGGAUU